AUGGAAGAAGACAUCACAAAUAAUCUUCUGAUAAGAGAGGCAAGUGCACAAGGGAAUCGUGUUGAUGAUAAGGAUGAGGAUUUGCCACUCAAAACCAGGGUAUGGAAUGAAAACAAGAAGCUGUGGGUGGUGGCUGGCCCUGCUAUAUUCACCAGAGUUUCCACCUUUGGAACAAAUAUCGUCAGUCAAGCCUUCAUUGGUCACAUUGGCUCUACUGAAUUAGCUGCAUUUUCACUUGUAUUCACCGUACUUUUUCGGUUCGCAAAUGGCCUCUUGCUGGGCAUGGCUAGUGCGUUGGAAACUGUUUGUGGUCAAUCGUAUGGUGCAAAGCAAUACCACAUGCUUGGGGUGCAUCUUCAAAGGUCAUGGAUAGUACUGUUUGUGAGCACAUUGUUCCUCAUUCCUAUUUGCAUCUUCGCAACUCCGAUUCUCGAGGCUUUAGGCCAAAAAGAUAAUAUUGCAGAAGAGGCAGGAUAUAUUUCUCUAUGGGUGAUCCCGGUGCUUUUCGCUUUUGUUGUGUCCUUUACCUGCCAAAUGUACUUACAAUCACAGAGCAAAAAUAUGAUCAUUGCUUAUGUGUCAGCAGUUUCAAUUGCAAUCCACAUCCUCCUUUCAUGGCUUUUGACUGUGAAAUUUAAGUUCGGGGUUGCUGGUGCAAUGGGGUCAACGGUUAUAGCGUAUUGGCUACCCAACGUGUGUCAGCUUUUGUUUGUUCUAUGUGGAGGAUGCCCAGACACUUGGACCGGCUUCUCUACCUUAGCUUUUAAAGAUCUAUGGAAUGUCGUCAAGCUUUCUCUGUCAUCUGGUGUUAUGCUUUGUCUCGAGCUUUGGUACAACACGAUCUUGGUUCUUCUAACGGGAAACAUGGAAGAUGCUGAAGUUUCUAUUGAUGCUCUAGCUAUUUGCCUCAACAUCAAUGGGUGGGAAAUGAUGAUAGCCCUUGGUUUCCUGGCUACAGCAAGUGUACGAGUGUCGAAUGAGCUUGGACGGGGUAGCGCAAAAGCGGCAAAGUUCUCUGUUGUGGUUAUUGUGUUGACAUCACUUUCCAUUGGCAUUGUGCUCUUCUUGCUUUUCCUGUUCUUGAGGGAACGUCUUGCCUACAUUUUCACCACCAACGACGAGGUAGCUAAGAAGGUUGCAGAGCUGUCACCUUUACUGGCCUUCUCCAUAUUGUUGAACAGUGUUCAGCCUGUGCUCUCUGGAGUUGCUAUAGGAGCUGGAUGGCAGAGUAUUGUAGCAUAUGUCAACAUAGCGUGCUAUUAUCUUAUAGGGAUUCCUAUUGGAGCUGUGUUGGGUUUUCUUCUACAUCUACAAGUCAAAGGUGUUUGGAUUGGAAUGUUGUUUGGAACAUUUGUCCAAACUAUUGUACUAGUCAUACUCACUUGCAAAACUGAUUGGGAGAAACAGGUAACAAUAGCUCGUAACCGUGUUCGCAAGUGGAAUGUUAGAGAAGAUAUUGGAGAACCAAACCCCAACGCAUAAAAAUGUCUUCCUUUUAUCAAUCUUCCUUCAAUUACAGUUUUCCAUUAUGCCCUAUCAUCUUUUUUAUUUUGUUUUUGUUUUAUUUUUAUUGUCCACGAGAUUUGAAAUAGAAUCUCCUCCAACAAAAUAGAGUUGAGUGCAACUACACCAAAUGAUCAUUGACAUUGCUAAUGGGUUCCCACCACAGUGGUGAUGGAUUCCCCUCCAACCAUGGCAUCCAGGAUCAAACCUCAGUGAA